UUAAUAUUCUAAUACCAAACGGUUGGUCAAACAUGCCAUAGAAACGUUGACCAAAAUUGGUCUAGAAACUUUUUAGUUGCCAAUUGGUGUGCACUCACAUAUGACAUAUGCAUGCACAUGCAUACGUACAUCAAUUCUAACGUAAAGGCGGCUUCAUCUGUAUAUUUUUAAAUGCGAUACUCCUCAUUUCAAGUUAAGAAUAUCUAAGUAAUCAAAUCUAUGAAUACGAAUAUCUACAUACGUAUGAAUAUUGACAGUUUGUAUCCAUUAAAGUAUUGUAAACAAAUCGGACCACGCAUAAAAAAUGAGAUCAAUUGUUCAUCUGAAGGGCAACAAUCUAUCUCAUGUAAAUUUUAGCAUAGAACACAAUGUUGAAGAAAUUAGUUGGAGUCAAAAUUUUCUGAAAAUCCAUCACAUUCUUUAUGUAGGGUCUCUAGGUAUCUAAAUACUUUUCUGCGUCCAUAAACAUAAUUUGUAGCCUUAACUAAAAUUAGCACCCCAAAACUUCUACGAAAUUAAUCCCAUGUAAAUCUUCCAGAUCAAAUAUCAGAAAGCAUGUCUCAUUCUCAUUUUACGAGAAAUCCAUCACGAGAAAUCUACAAAUAUUCAUCUUAUCCGUGGGUGACUAAUGUUUGUGACUCAUCCGAACGAGGGAUCGGAUCUCUUAUCUGGGUUUAAGGGGCAUAUUUAUGUAUCUACAUAUGUACUUCAGUAUGUAGAGAACGAGAAUCACGUACAUUUCCAGUUAGUUAAAUUUCCAGUUUAUGUACUUGUCCAGAUUCAUUUCAAGUCCUCAGCCCAACAAGAGCUGAUGCCAAACUGUCCUACCUACAUAUUCUCAAUUUCCCCAUCGCUUUAACCACAAUAAAAACACAAUUUUCUCAAAAACACACAAUUUUCUUAAAAACACACAAUUCCCUCAAAUAGCUUAAAACCUAUUCUAAAUCCGAAAAAGUUUAAAUACAUAAAAUUUGAACUUCAUCUUCACAAAAAUGCCUGAAACUGCCGUCUUCCUCGUCUGUAUCGUCGUGACUUCUUUGCUCACCCCAGUGGCCUCGUCCCCUGCCAAAACGGACGGGGACAUCGACCCAAUGAAGCCCCCCUUGAUGUGCUACCAAUGCAGCUCGGACCCCACCCCCCACCCCGGCCAUGCCCCUGUGUUGCCGUACCAUCCAUUCUGCUCGGGCGGAGGAAUCCUCCCCCCCAACCUGCUCGUCCAAUGCGACAACAUCGUCACCCCCCACACCAGCGUCAUCACUCCCUUCGACACCGUGGGACAGGUGGACCGCUCCAAGUUCAUUGACCACGUGAGAAACGGGCCCAAUUUCAUCGAGUGCGGAAAGUUCCACACCACCGAGACGGGAACUACGAGGAAGGGGUGUGCCCUGGUGGAAGGAACGAUGAACAAGACCUUUGGAGCUAAUGAGGAUGUCACAUUUGCCAAUGGACACAUCAUCAAAGGCCACUACUGCGGGUGGGGUCGGUGUAACCAGGGCAACGGGGCGAGCGUCACGUCAUUCUUUACCAUUCUUGGAAUGAUUGCGUUGUCACAGAUUUUGCUUUGAGCAGUUUGUUGUGGAGAUUUUGAAUGAAUUUUAUUUUUAUAAUUGGCAUAAACAUAUGCGUACGUAGUUAAUAAAAAAAGUAGUGUUACCCCUUUAAGGAAAAUAAAUACA